UUUUAUAUUUUUGGUAAAUUUAAAAUAUGAUUCAUACAUUUUUAAUGCAAUUUUUUUAAAUGCAACCAGCGUAAUGAGAAUACCUGCAGAAUUAUUCUUUUACUAACACAGAUACGUAAAAAUUAAAUACACAUUUAAAGCGAUUAUCGCUUUAAUAGCCUAUCUCGUUAAGUAAUUUGAAUAUCGUUAAUCUUAUCUAUGCGUAUAUAAAAAUAAGGUGGGAUUAUGCGACGGUGUUUUAAAUGUCACGUUUUCCAAUAGAUAGUAGACUUUUCACAAGAAGCACGCUUCAUCGGACAGAUUAAUUGAUUUAUUGAGCACAAGAGAGAAGUGCAAGGGUUGUAACGGCGUAUUAGUGAGCGCAGUUCCGUUCGCGUAUUCGUGAGUAAUACACAUCGACACACAGGUGUAUCGAGACUCGAUUUCCCGGGAUAGUGGUCAGUCAACAGUCGUUGGCCGCGCUGGCACGUUGUCGACCUUUCUGUAACAUCGAAUUCCACCGACACGCCUGUCAAUCUCUCCUCUCUACCGGUUAUUGCAAAUCGCGGCGCGGCAUAGAGAUUAUUUCGAACCGCUUGCAUCUCCUUGUCUCGGAUCUCGGAGAGAUCUCCAACGUUGUUGCGGUGCACGUGCACGAUGUGCCCCCGUCCGUUAAUUUGCGACUUCCGCGUCCGCGCGAAUACGAAAGUGUUCAGAAAGUACGACGCUCCGCUUGCCACUGCAUCCGGGAAAUGCGGUCUAGAGAAGAGAACGCGUGGCGCGAUCUAAAUUUCAAAUGCGGGUCCACACGCGUUACGCUCAUCGAAACGGAUUAUACUUUCUAAGCGCGAAGUUCCCGUUCGGUGGAAUCUAUCGUCCUCGUACGUUUGCGAGAAAAUCAGUAGAAAAUCUCCCUGAAAGAUCUUCCCUCGCGCUCUUCUUUGCACGAAGCAAUAAAUUUAUACGGAUAGAAUAAUUUUGCUGAAAUACAGAUCUGAAAAUGGUUACGUUGAACCAUUAAACAAAUUUAUAUUGGACGUUUAAGCUGAUUGCUAGAGUGUCAAAAUUGCUUUUUGCAGCAGUAACAUCGUGCUCAAACGUUUUACAUAAUUAUUUGGAUAGUCCAACGUAAAGUUAUUUUCUGAUCCAUAUCUAACUGAAUUUUUAGAUAGUACGGUAAAAUUGCUCUCUCCGUGCACGUUAUUUCUCGAAAUUAAGGAGCCUCGGCCUCAAUAUAUUACUCCGACGUUAAAAGAGCGAUAUCGCGAAUAAUAUUUACUUUAUUAUCAGCCCUCACAGCCAUCGGGAUAAUUUGCUUGCCGUUUAAUCGAACCGAUAGCGAGAGACUUUCACACUUUUUAAGGAGAGACUCGCGUUGGAAUAAAAAUCCACGAUGUCGUCGAUUAUUCGGAGUCCCCCGACAAUUCGCGACUCGUAUAAAGUGCGUUUCAGGUAUUGGCCCCGACCAGUCGUAAACUUAUUACGUGUAACUGACGCUCAUGCAUCUCAUUAUUACACGGACACGUGCGGUAAAAGCAGGUCAGGCUGACAUCGCGGACGUGCUCGCGCACAGGUAGAUCUUGAUAGUGGAGGACGAACGUCGUUAUCGGUUAAAUGUCAAGUUCAAUUCGCCGCGACGUGAUGGAUCCGGAUGGAUAAAGGAUGAUUCGCCGGACGACUACGUUUUCCUUACACGUGGAAAAUUACCGCGAUGCGGCACGAGAUGAAUCGAAGAGUGGGAUAUAGCAAUUACGAUGGCAAGAUCGCCGGCCUUUACGACCUGGAGGAGACCCUCGGCCGCGGCCACUUUGCCGUGGUGAAGCUGGCACGACACGUUUUCACCGGUGAGAAGGUUGCAGUGAAGGUGAUCGACAAAAAUAAACUUGACGAAGUCUCGAGGGCUCAUCUUUUCCAGGAGGUGCGCUGCAUGAAGCUAGUGCAGCAUCCCAAUGUGGUGCGGCUGUACGAGGUGAUAGACACGCAGACCAAGCUAUACCUAAUUCUAGAGCUCGGCGAUGGCGGGGACCUCUAUGAUUACAUCAUGCGCCACGAUAGCGGCCUUAGCGAAGAGGUGGCCAGGACUUACUUUCGGCAGAUAGUUCGGGCUAUAUCGUACUGUCAUCGUUUACACGUAGUGCACAGAGAUUUAAAACCCGAGAAUGUUGUGUUCUUCGAGAAGCUUGGCACGGUGAAGCUUACAGACUUUGGAUUUAGCAAUAGAUUUUGUCCUGGUCAGAAGCUCGAGACUUCGUGCGGCUCGUUAGCAUACUCUGCUCCAGAGAUACUUCUGGGCGAUAGUUAUGAUGCCCCCGCAGUAGAUGUUUGGUCGUUAGGUGUAAUACUGUACAUGUUAGUAUGCGGUCAAGCGCCGUUUCAAGAGGCGAACGACAGUGAGACGUUAACGAUGAUUAUGGACUGCAAGUAUUCGAUUCCGUCGCAUGUGUCCGACGACUGCAAACGGCUGAUCGCGAGAAUGCUCGUGCGGGAACCCGAACGGAGAGCGUCCCUCGAGGAGAUUGCCGCGGAUCCGUGGUUAGUGAUCGGUUCCGACUUGGAUACGAUGGAGACGCUGCCGCUCGUGUCGCGUCAACAAGUCUCCGACGAUCAUCACAAUCACAUAAUUGCCAAAAUGGUUAAGGGUAACAUCGCCACCAAGGAAGAGAUAUUGGAUGCUCUCGACAAGAACGAAUACAAUCACAUCACCGCGACGUAUUUCUUGCUGGCCGAGAUGAAAUUGCGCCAUGAUCGAGAACAAGAGCAAAAAACUCGACCAGAAGCUCUAGACGUCUCCUCAAGCCGGCAGGAUGAUCUGACAACAAAUCUACGCGCGGACAACUCCCUGAGUACUAAGAACCAGUCGCUAUUAACCGUGCCACGGACACCUGGUGACGUACCGCAGAACGUGCGCACGCGCAAAUGCAGUAUUGUUCAAGAGGAAGAAGAUGAGGACGAUGUGUCCUCGUGCUCUGGCCGAGACGAGCACGGGAGCAAUUCGGCGCUAAAUUCCUUUAACCGUCGUGGUUCCCGAUCCGAGGGAAAGCUCUCGCACAUUCUGCAGGAGCGAUUAGCGCAGCUUCCGGAAAAGCACACCAGCACGAAACCCGUGCCGAGUCAACGGCAUCCGCAUCAAAAAGAGGAUACCGUCAUCGCCGAAUCAUCGCACAGGGGAGAAAGACUGAAGCAAACUUCGAGAAACGAGAAAGAUAACAAGACGUCGUCGCCGAAAGGGGCUGACAAAGGGGGUAACGUACUCUUGGAGAAACUGCCUGCAACUCCGCGGAUUACCUUGAUGUGCGAAGAAAACUUGAAGAAUCGAUUGAGUGGCGCAAACUCUCCAUCAACUGGAUGGGCGGCUAAAAAAGCCACUAGCACGGAAGCCAGACCUAAAUCAGUGACGGAGUGUUUAAAAUCGACUGGACCAAUACCAGCGAACAAAUGGAGAAUGGGUGCUCAACAUCAUCGAUUUAGCGUGCCGCUCACGGAGUCUUCGUCGGUGAUUUCCUCAAAACCAUCCGAUGUACCUGCGACAAUGGCAAUGACAACGACCACUACUAAAACACUCCAUGAAUCGUCAACCGUCUCGAUACCUCUUCAUCCGAUUAACGACAAUCAAGUGACAUUGACACCUAAGUACAAGACGAUGCCGUCGCCCAGUGGUAACUCGUCCGCGACGCUCAAUGAAAUCCUGGAGGAUGGAGAUGACAUGCACGCGUCAGCGAACUCUACGGAAUGUGGGGAUUCGACAACCAAAUGCCGCGUCGUUAGACGAACAACGUACGAGCAACGGAAGAGCAAGUUCCACAAGACGCGCACGACCUCUUGCUCGAGUUCGGAUGCCAGCGACGAUGACAGCGAAAGCAGGAAAAAAAGGGCACAUAAACUCGGCGCGUCCACGGGCAAACCCUUACCUCCGAGACGCGACAGUCAUGACGACUCGAGCGACUCGCAGGAUCCAGGAGGAAGCGGCGGAGGGCGAGGUGGAGUCGGCGGAGGAGGAAGCGGAGUGAGCAAUGGCGAGCACACGACAACGGACACACCGACGACAACCGAGAGCAAUCGAAACGACAGUGGUAGCGGCACUAACACGACAAAUACGAGCACAACGAAUGGAGGAGGGCGGCAUCGAUGCACCGAGAACCAGGUAAUGUUUGGCAGGAGACAUCGCGCUGGUAGGAGAAGAACUGGCGAGACGCGAUUACGUGAGAGCCAGUCGUUGAAUCGUAUCACCGAGGUCCAGGAAGCCGAGGCACCUUCGUCUUGUCACAAUCAUUGUCACGUAUCGCGCAAUUCGACUGUAAUUGGCACGCAAAACGUCUCAUCGUCGUCAGUAUCGCAGAAUAGCACAGCUUCUCAGCACAAUGUUGUUCCGCCUGUUUCUCAAAUGGCAACCACUACUGUACAAAAGGCAAAAGGUCUCGGAGCAAGGUUGUUGCAGAGCUGGUCACUCAGCGCCGGAAAAUCCCUGAUACAAGGCUCAAAACAAUCCACUCGUAGUCCCGAUGGAAAGAGUAACGGUUGUCAUCGGCAAUCGGAUGAUUGUCAGACGGUCAGUGGCGCCAGCGAUGAUCGUCGCGGUGAUCACAAGUGCGUGAGUCAAGCGACAUGCAACGACAAGGAGAACCGCGGUAAUGGCUCGAUGAAUCGAAACGAGUGUAAAAACAGAAAGAUUCGGUUGUUGAGUCGUUACUUCGCCGUGCAUAAGAAGCUCUGUGUACCGCUGCCGGGUAUCUUUGGCAAGGGACGUCUCUAUAAGGCUCGCUCGUGUGGCAGCAUCACUCGUGAUCGCGUCAGCCCGCCGUCGCCUAAAUCGAUGCUGCUGGUCGAGGACAAGUGGCGGGAACGUCGUCAGUGGUGUGACGCCGCGACGAAGCAGCAUCGCGGUAGCGACGGUGACAUCAAUCAGAAUUUAGGCGUCUCGCAUCUCGUGCAAGAGAACAUCGGUAAGGGCUGCACUGGUAUGCCCAACGUGUGCCACAUUCAUCUCGGAGACGCUUCCAAGUGUUGUAGCCUUUGUUGAUGAAUCGCUUCUGCUCGAAAGAGACAGAGAACUCGAUCCGCGCUUAAAUACACAAAAUGAGAGACACGAGUGUGAGUAGGUAAAGCACCAGAUCCGUUCUGGCUGGGUAGCUAAGUGGUAUGGCCCAGGUAUGGCUGGGUGGUAGCAGGUGGUAUAUGCGUGCGGGACUUUUUUCGCGACAAUCUUUUUUCGAUACUACGAUUAAUUUCUAGUGAGUUAUUAUCGACACAGAAAUAUUCUUAUAGUUUGAAAGAUCUGAUAUAUAUAUAUAUAUAUUUUUUUUUUUUCUUUAGAAACUGCAAUUCAAACGGCGUAAAUGCCGCGUCUUUGGUACAUCUUAGGGAAAACAAUAGUUAAUAAUUUCUGAGUGCAGAACCGAAGUCAGAUCUGUUUAGAAAUCUUUUUAGUAAUUCAGAGUGCAAAAGAUGGUCAUAAUUAAUAUUUCGAGAAAGGUAUGAUCUGUUCCUCGCUGAUGCCGAAGUUACGUUAAGUUUAGGGUGCGCAACCGAUAUUUGCGCAAGAAUGGUAAUCGCUAAUUACAAUAGCAAAGAUUACGUGGCUUUGGUCUGCCAUCACUUGACUGAUCACAUCAUAUCCCCGCGGGUCCGUAGAGCACAGAGAUCAAGACAACAAUAAGAGAAAGAAAGAUGGAACGUACUGAUGUUUAUCGGUCGUUCCGAAAGAGCUGUAUCUAGUCCAUGUGAACAAUGUAUUAAAUAUUGCAGAGUUUAUGAUUAUUAUUAUAUUAUUAUUAAUAUUAUUAUUAUUAUUAUUAUUAUUACGAUAUUAUUACCACUAUUACUCUACUACUGCUACUAUUACUACUAUUACUACUAUUAUCGCUACUAUUACUAUUACAGUCGCUAUUAUUAUUGCGAAAGAGAUCAUUAUCAUCUCCAUGCUAUCGUCAUUAUCAUCAUUGCCAUUAUCAUUAUCGCUGCUUUCAUCCAUUUCCUCUCUAAAUAUUUACUACGCUAGCACGAGUGUAAUGCAUCGUAAACGGGUAAAGAAAUUCCACGUGACGAUUGAAACCUACGGUGUCGAUCGAUGCGAAGUCGUGCAAUGCGAAAAGUGUCUUCCUCGUCCCUCUUUUUCUUCCGACUUUUUCUUUUUCUUUAACGCGAUCGUCUCUCUUUCUCUCUUCUCCUAUACGAUACGUCAUUGCCUUUACAAAGCUUCCUAACUUAUUAAGACGAAGAACAGAUAGCUUCCAAAUGGCGGUUGACUAUAUGUGUAUAUAUAUAUGUGUAUAUAUAUAUAUAUAUAUAUAUAUAUAUAUAUAUAUAUAUAUAUAUAUAUAUGUAUGUAUGUAUGUAUGUAUGUAUGUAUAUAUAUAUUAAAAUGCAAAUUAACAUCGGAUGGAAAUGCGAGUGUUCUACAACGGUAGUCUGAGUUGCGUCUAAAUGAAAGGAAUUAAACGAUUAAAGGAGAGAAACUCGCGCCACGGUAUUUGUAUACGUUAAACCCGGUGCGGGAGUAGAAGUGUUCUUAUGCAGGCAGUGCACGAUGUAAAGCCCACCGAGUACGUAAAUACUCUGCGCGCAGAUGUUAGAAGCUUAAGGGUAAGGCGAUAGUAGCAAUCGUCAUCUAUUGAUUCAUUCUCGUAGAUCUAAAUAAUCGGUAGCGAACAGUAGAUACAAGAUCCGUUGAACAUGCUUGCCGGUUAAGCACGUUGCGACGGUUCUUCGGUCAUUCGUUCCCUCGGGUGUUCGCGCCACUUAUUAAGAGGACAUAUACACGUAUACCUAGACAGGUCAAAUGAGAUCGAACUUUACAAAUUUUUUAUGGAAAAACGAAAAAUGGAAAAAGAUAAAGAAGUCGUGUUUAUUUCAUUAUUUUCUCUAUUUGAUAUUUAAAUUUUAUUAAAAUAAAAAUAAUAUAAAAUAGCUAUUCAAGUUUUCCUGAAUUAUAUUUUUUAAAUAUCAUGUUUAAAUACAGCGUACGGUUACUGCUCCUACAGAACUCAUCAGAAAGCAGAAUGAUAUAAACUUUAUAAAGUUGAGAAACAUGGAUUUUGUGCUUGACGUUUUCAUUUUUCGAAGUAUAUUUGAACAAAAUGGUAGUUUGGUCAAAGAUAGUUUUUUUACUAUAAAUUUUUGUUUAUUUUUUCGCUGCGACAAAAAAAUUAAAUAUCGUAAAAGAAUCUUAUGUCAAGCACCGGUUUUUGAUAUCUGGAAAAAAUGUGUAAAAUUGUGAGUCAAUUUGUCGAACAACAUCUUUAAGGUAUUGUAGCCACGUAAAAAUAUAAUUUGAGUAGCAACGCCAAAUUAUAUUACUUUUUAAUAAAAUUUAAAUUUAAAAAAAGUAAUAUUUUUUACAAUGGAUUAAAUACAACUUAUCUAUCUUUCCGUUUUUCCACAAAAAUUCGCAAAGUUUAACAUUUAGAUGUAUGUGCCCCUUUAAGUCAUCUAGACGAAUAUCGUCAUCGUCUCUCUAUCAUCGUCAUCAUUGCGAGUGCUAUCCGCUAUUUAAAAGUACACAUUGUAAUCAUAAAAUAAGAAGUGUUUCUCAUUAAUGUAGCGAAAACUCAUCAGAUUUCUUUUUUUUUUUCUUUUAUCGAUGUAAACCUUUAGGGUGUUUACCACUGGGAAAAAUCAAGAAAACCUGAAAUUUUCAGAAAAUUUAUUUUUUAUGAUUUUCUCUCAUUAUUUUCUUAGACCAUCAAAAUUGUAUUUGAACACUUAAAUCAUUAGAAUAUCGAAACUUUUUGCAACAUUACUCAUCGUUUUUUGUAUUCACCAUCAAAAUUAUUUUCAAAUCUGUAUCUGGCUAAAUUUUUAGAUGCUUCAGCGAAAUCAUUCUUUCUCUACAAAUUCACAUUUCUGUAUCAAUAUGCGAAUCUCGACGAUCGAGUGCUGGACGCUCGACAAGUGUCGAGAUAAUUUUUCACAAGUUCAUUUUUCAACUCUCCCGUUUCGUGCAUGUAUGUCACAUAUGAUUUUAUUCAAUUAGUAUGAAAAUGUAAGUUCGAAAAUGAUUGCAGGGUGAUGUUAGCAUAAGGCAACUGUCGAUUCGUCAUCGCUCAUCAAGCCCUCGUUUGCUCUUCCGUCUUUACGUUUGCGGCUAUCUACAAGAUGUGUCGAUUGUAACUUCUUUGAUAAAGACUGAGAAUUCCGCGAUGACUUCAAUGAUAUCUUGACUACCAGCUACCUGCGUGUCGCACGAUGAUGAUGACCUAACGAGACCAAAAAUAAAUAAUUCGUAAGAAAAAAUAAAUAAUUCACAGACCUAAGUUUGCACUAGCUACAAAGUGCAAUACAAAGUCGUACAAAGCCAAGUACCUUGUGUCGGUGUAGUCGUUGAUUUUAAGGAUCCGAGACUCGAUUUUAUCUUUUUCACCCAUUAUUGUAAAUUCAGCAACUCGGGAGCUACUUUUGAAACUCGGAGCUAAUAAUCGCGGUGUACACAUGGGCAUUAACGUUAUUUCGGUGUAAUGAGAGUAAUAUCUCGGGAACGAUAGGACUUUAGGGUACAAGAGUCUCUCCGCUACGAACAAUCGGGCGAAGAUUAUUAUUGUUGUAAUCGACGUCGAGAGAAUUGUGUCUAGCGCGAAGCUCAAGAAGGAUUUCCUCGCAAGCGCCCCUAGGUCACGUAUGGCUUGUCUCGGUCCUAUAUUUAUGUAACAAAACGAAGGCGUCUCUCGCGUAACUCGAACAAUGUAUUAUAUAUUCUGGAGUUGCAAAUAGAGCAAAGUGUCUCUUCCAUGUACAUAUCUUUGGCAUUUUCCUAUAUCCUGGGAAAAAAGCGAUUUAUCCUAGGAGAAUUAUCGAUAAGUAAAAGAAAGAGAGAGAAUGAGAUAUUUUCGUGCUAAAAUACGGAAUGCCGGAUCCGCCGAACUGGAUUUCCUGAGAUGCGAUAUAAACGCACAUAUGUAUUAUAUAUGUAUAUCGCGAAACUUACGUGCAAGUUGACGUACCACAUCGAACGCAUGUGAUUCCGUUGCGAAUCUGCCGGCUUCAUUGCUGUUGCGCUGCUCGUGUUAGUUGCCCAUCCUCCCCCGUUUUAGCGAGUAACGCCGCUGUUUUGAAACGCGUUGCACCGCAGAGUACGAGAGAGAAUUGUCUAAACGGUCUACUCUUUUCACUCGUCCUAAACGUCUAUCCGGCCUGAACAGACCAAAGUUUUCCCUCCCCUCCCUCCCCCUUGUCAUUCCCCGUAGUGUCCGACUCGUUACCCCGAUUUACUGCCAGCUCAGUGUUAAUGACACACCACUUUGCUAAACCGGCAUACUAUGAGAUCUGUAAACCGCCAAGCAUGAGCGUUCAUGCACUGUGUGCCCAGAUGAAAUAAAUUGAAAUGAUAAAGUUAA